UCUUCUGCUCGAAACGUAGGAAAGUAGUUUGCGCGUGACUGUUGAGAUUAAACCCCGCCGUUUGCUUUGCAGGUGUGUACAGGUGUUUACAUCUGUAUCGCAGUGUUUAAUACCCUGUCUCUGACUUUAGUAGCGCGCAACGAGAUUGUGUGUGUUUUAAACCCUGCGUGAGAAUAAAACCGUUGGAUCUUUUUUUAAAUAAUAAUUACUUUAAAUCUUGCACUGAUACACUAGGAGAAGUCGGAUUAAAUCAGGACAAGAAAGCAAGAAACUUUUUAAACAGCUGUUAAAUCUGAAAACUUCUUCUUGCCUCUGCCUUUUCGGCAUGUCUGGGGCAGUCAAUCCAGACAGGUAACCAGGUGUGUCGCUGUUGCCAUGGCAACACGGCUGCAGCCGAUGUUGCGUCUCCUCCUCAGCGCCCUCCUGCUCUCCUCGACGACGGCACAGGAGCACGAGUGGCAUUUUGACUCGGCUAAGUGUAGGUAUGCACUCGGUAUGGAAGACGGAACGAUUCCAGAUUCUGACAUCUCAGCAUCCAGUGCCUGGUCUGACUCCACUGAGGCCAAACAUGGCAGGCUGAGUACAGGAGAGGGCGAUGGUGCGUGGUGUCCUUUAGGGCCGGUGUUCCCUAAUCCAUCAGAGUAUCUCCAGGUGGACCUGCACCAGCUGUACUUCCUGUCCCUGGUUGGGACGCAGGGCCGCCAUGCCGAUGGGCACGGCCGGGAAUUUGCACGCAGUUACCGGCUCCGUUACUCCCGCGACGGUCGUCAAUGGAUCACCUGGAAGGACCGCUGGGGCCAGGAGGUGAUCUUGGGCAAUGAGAACACGUAUGAUGUGGUUUUAAAGGACCUGGGUCCUCCAAUCAUAGCACGAAUGGUCCGGUUCUACCCUCUGGCUGACCGCAUGAUGAGUGUGUGUCUAAGGGUGGAGCUUUACGGCUGCUUGUGGAGUGAUGGACUGAAGGCCUACACCGCACCAAUGGGUCACAUUAUGCACCUUUCCGGCUCCCCUGUUUAUCUUAAUGACUCCAUCUAUGACGGCAGCGUGGAAGGAGGGGUGUUGUUUGGAGGUUUGGGUCAGCUAUGUGAUGGGGUGUUAGGAGGGGACGACUUCGCCGAAAGUAAGGAGACACGCGUCUGGCCAGGUUACGACUACGUGGGCUGGAGCCGUGAAGCGCUAGGCAAACCCACAGUCGACAUAGAGUUCCACUUCGAGAAACCACGCCUCUUUCACACCAUGCAGGUGCACAGCAACAACAGGCACAUGCAGGGCGUGCGCGUCUUCUCCGAGGUGCUGUGCGAGUUUAAGGUGAGCCUGCUGAGCCCGUGGAGCGAGCCGGCUCUGAGCGUCCACGUGCCCCUGAGCGACCUGCGUGACCCCUCGUCACGCACCGUCACGCUGCCUCUCGGGGGCCGGCCUGCGCACAUCCUGCGCUGCCACUUCACGUUCUCUGACCGUUGGCUGCUUAUCAGCGAGAUCAGCUUCUACUCUGAACCGUUCGAUAGUGGUUUAGCAUUACCAUCUGUAGCGACCCCUCGCCCCUCCCUCACUCCUCGCUCUCCUCCCAACACUUCACCCUCCAUGACCUCUUCCAUCUUUCCCAGCACCACCAACUCCAGCAGGCGCCGAAUGGCUGACGCCGGUGAUGAAUUUGCUGCUUUCACCCCAAGGCCAGGGUUACCUGUUGCUAAGGAUGACAGCAGCAACACCGCCAUCCUGAUCGGCUGCCUAGUGGGCAUAAUACUGCUGCUCCUGGCUGUCAUAGUUGGCAUUCUGUGGAGGCAGUACUGGAAGAAACUGCUCGGCAAGGCCCAGGGCAGCCUCUCGAACGACGAGCUGCGAGUUCACCUCUCGGUCCCGUCCGAGAACGUGGUGAUCAAUAACACAAACACGCACACGUACUCCAGUCGUUACCAGCGCAUACACACUUUCCCCGAGGACCCGGACAGAGACGCGGAGUACCAGGAACCCAGUACUGUGGUCCGACCCCGAGAGCAACGUGACAGCACGGCCUUGCUGUUAAACAACCCAGCCUAUCACCUUCUCCUGUCUGACCUGAGACAUGGCCACAACAGGCUGCCAAACUGCUCCAGAGAGUCUGUUAAGCCCCAAAACCUGCCCCAGGCAUGCAGUUCAGACAUGGACGAAAAAGCGCUGCCUGUUCAGGAAGGACCGCCCCCAUACCCUGGAGCCCCGCCUCCUCUCCUAGGAGCUCAUUAUGCAGAAGCCACAGGGGGCGGGCCCAGUGUGCCUCAUUAUGCAGAAGCGGACAUCAUCAGCCUGCAGGGCGUAAGCGGGAACAACACGUACGCCGUUCCUGCCCUCUCAGCCACGCCCACGGAUUGCCCGCCCCUUCCCGAGCUGCAGCGGGAACGGCUGCUCUUCAAAGAGAAGCUCGGAGAAGGCCAGUUUGGAGAGGUUCAUUUGUGUGAGAUCGAAAACCCUCAAGACCUCCCAAAUCUCGAGUUCCCUUUCAAUGUGAGGAAAGGGCGCCCCCUGCUGGUGGCUGUUAAGAUCCUGCGACCUGAUGCCUCGAAAAACGCCAGGAACGACUUUCUCAAAGAGGUGAAGAUCUUGUCUCGUCUGAAAGAUCCCAACAUAAUCCGCUUGCUGGGUGUGUGUGUGAGCAGUGACCCGCUGUGCAUGGUCACUGAAUACAUGGAGAGCGGCGACCUCAACCAGUACCUCUCCCAGCGAGUGUUACUGGACAAGGCCGGCCCGCUGCACGACAUGCCAACCAUCAGCUACCCUGCUCUGAUCUCCAUGGCAAGUCAGAUCGCAUCUGGAAUGAAGUUCUUGGCGUCGCUUAACUUUGUACACCGAGACUUGGCUACGCGCAACUGCCUGGUUGGGGGUGAUCGAGGGGAAGGAGACGACAGAGCGGGAGAGAGGCACAUUAAGAUCGCCGACUUCGGCAUGAGCCGGAACCUGUACGCUGGAGAUUACUACAGGAUCCAGGGCAGGGCCGUGCUUCCCAUUCGAUGGAUGGCCUGGGAGUGUAUUCUCAUGGGCAAGUUCACUACAGCCAGUGAUGUGUGGGCGUUUGGGGUGACUCUGUGGGAGAUGCUGAGUGUGUGUCAGGAGCAGCCCUAUGGUCACAUGACUGAUGAACAGGUCAUCGACAAUGCAGGCGAAUUCUUUAGAGACCAAGGAAGACAGGUAUAUCUGACUCGUCCGGAGGUGUGUCCCCAGGGCCUGUACGAGCUGAUGCUAAGCUGCUGGAACAGAGACUGUAAACUCCGGCCCUCUUUCACACAAAUUCACUCUUUCCUCACCGAGGAUGCCAUGAACAUGGUGUAAAGAGAGACGGACGCAGGAGACAAGCGGAUCCCUCCUUCGCGCAGACGAGACGUGUCCGUGCAGCCUGCACAAGCCGGCGAAGGCGAUAGUUGGAGUAGAAGUAGGCAGAGCUAAGCACACUUAUGUAAAUUACCGUUUCGCAGGUCAGGGCUGAGAGAUGCUGCUGGUUCGGUUCUCGUGCUCGACCUGCUCCGGCCCUAGCACCCUAAACCUAGCGUUAGUUCCUCUGUAGUCCUGAACUAAUCACCGAUCCGCAGUUCAUCGUAAAUCUCUCACUGGUAACUGUUUUACACUAAAGGUGGAGGGCUUUUCUGUUGCUGAAGACUAUAUAGACUGUGAAUGAACUAGUUUAUAUUAUUACACACGUAGCCUUUGCGAUCCUGGUAAAUGAGACGUACUUGAUCACAGCAGUAGGCUUUUAGAAACAUUUCUAGGCAGAGGUAACCAGUGGUCAGGAGCAAAUUCUGUCGAAUCUCAGCGCUCCCGCCGCGGUACGACGGCUCUUCAUUCCGAUCUCGAGCCUUUUCGCCGGGUUCACGUGCGAGUGCUAAAUCUAAAGCGCAAGGCUACAGCACUUCUCUCUCUGAAUAACUCAGUAUAGACACUUAAGACUGGUUGGGGGAUUUUCUGUUUGUAGUAUAACUAAGUACAUGCUUAUUAUUUCAAGGUGUUGUUUUUUUACAUCAUGAAAUCACAGACAUGGUGCUCCAUAACCAUUUGACACAUUCUCAUUUUACACAACCUCAAUCACACGUGUUUUUUUUUUUUAGGUUGCUCUGUAAUUCAUGAUAGACAAGUUCGAUUGACUGAUGCUGCCCAAGUUAUUCAUGUCACAGGUUGAUUUCUGUUACAAAUUUAACAUGAAUAAGGUAAAGCGCUUUAAUUGUAUAGAGUCCAGUACAGGUGGGUUUUUUCAAGUGAUCGCAUAUUCUAUAGACGACCCUAAAUCUCUCUGACGUCCCCCAGCAGCAGUGGUUUUAACCCUACCUGAUGAUUAUGAUGAUGAUGAUGCAGUGAUUUCUUUAAAAAUGGGUCUAUUCAGGAGGUUGUUUUAAAUAGUCUGUACUUUGAUGUACAGUAUGUUUGUACAAGCACAAUUAUAUCUCAAAGAAAUUCUGUCACUAUAUUACACUGAUAAUAGCCUAGUCAGAAAAAAAACAAAACACAUCAUCAGUCAGGACAGUCUGACUCGAUCCGGUGUAAAGCUUUGAAAAUCCAUUCAAUUGGUAAAUAUUAGCAUGAAUUUAUUUUCUUGACUCCAACAUAAAGGUGAAUAAAUAUUAGAUGACGUGAAUGUGACGAGGUUCUAGGAUGGAAAUUUGGCUUCGAUAAACUCCUCAUAAACAGUUGGGUUUAUUUAUAUCCACUCUAGCUGAAAACAAUACAAGGGUAUAGAAUAUAGAAGAAUAUAAAAGGAUAUAAAAUGAGAUGUCUUUCUGCAUACACUUCUGCCAUUUAAAAAGGGACACUUGUGGUUUUUUUCUUUUUUUUUGCAAUCAUCCAAACAGCCAAUCAUUUGGCAGCAGCACGAUGCAUUAAAUCAUCCGGAUACAGGGUACAGACGGCCACAUCUGUCACUAUAAGUGAGCGGCUUGUUUAAGCGUGAGCAGAGGAGCUGACAGGAAAUACAAAUUGCCAUUCUUUACAACCAUGUCGAGCAGAAAAACAUUUUAAAAUACACAGUACAUCACCAUCACACCUAGAUGGGCUAUGACAGCCAAAAAGCCACACUUAUUUCUAUUGCUGUCAGUGUAGAACAGGAAUCUAAGGCUACAGUGGGCACAGACCCAACAACAUUUGAUGGACAGUGAAGACAUAGUAUUUCAAUCUCAAAUUUAGGAUAAAAUGGAAGCAGACUCGGGUAUUAUUUGAUCUGGCUUACCUUUAUCCAAAUAACACACAGUCGAUGCUGUACCUAAGACAGUUUUACUGUUUUAUGCUUUUUGGCCACUAGGAGGCUCUAAGAGUUGGUUUUAAAAGCUUUAAAGCCUUGUCUUUCUUCUAUUUGGAAGAAGAAAAAAAAAACAUUCCCUGCUUUUUGCCUUUAUUUCUUCUCUAUUGGCCAGGGCUUAAACCAGGCCGUUUAGAUUUUCCCACCCAAUGUGACCUCAUAUAAGAGAAUUUCUCUCUCCCGGCUUGUUUUGUUGAUCAGCUCUGGUGGAGUGUGGCUCAGCAGUAGCCCAUUUACAUUUACACUGAGUAUGAAUUUGAAAACACCUGAUAUAUUUACAGAAACACUUUGGGGGAGCUCUAAGACCUAUUUUAAUUUGUUAAAGAAAUAUUAAAAUAUGGGACCUUUAAUGAUGAAUGAAUGAAUUUGUGUACCUCCGAAGGAUAAGUGUGAUGUUUUUAGUAUUUGAAUGAAGUUUUCAGCAAAGCGAGCAGUGAAUCGACUUUCAUCAAUCAACUAAUAACAUACGUACUGGUGGUUUUUACACAGAAUGAAUUGCUUAUGAUAGAUUAAUUAGUUAGGUAAGAAACUGUUUGCUUAUUUGUCCUUGAUAUUGAGAUAUGUGAGAUUUUGAAUAUUCAGUGUGGAUAAACCCUGCACUAGUUGCACUUUAACAAAGUAAAAUAGGCCUCAGAGCUCCCCAAAGUGUGACUGGUAAUACUAGACUCACUUUUUCUUUACCAUAGUACAUAAAAAUUAAUUAACAGUUUUCUUUGGGAUUAAUACAGUACUCUUUCUAUAUAAUACUGACAAUUGGUCAGUUUUUAGCUUAAACGUUUGUAUCCAGAACAACAGAAUUGGAACCACUGCUGCCUCGUGUAUAUACGGUCAUUAACUCCACCCUUCUCCAGCGCACCACCGAUAACUGGUUAAUAACAGGAAAUAACAGUUCCCCCCGCUCCCGACAGUGAAUAUGAAGGUCCAGUUAACAUAGCAGGGAAUUAUUGCAACCUGUUCGGUCAAAACCAGCUAUGAACUGCAUCUUAUUGUCAGUAAAGAUACUUAAACGAUUUCAGAUUCGAUUUGGUAGGAACAUCUUUAUCAGUAGGUGAAAGAUUUAGGAAUGUCGCUCAGUGAUUGUUAUCCAACGCUACAAGAGGUUUAUUUGCACUUUACCGUCAACUGUGAUGUCAUCGCUUACACUCCGUGACAGCGGAGCCGUUACAAGCCUUUAUUGUAAGUUUUUAGUGUGAAUGAGUACAAAGUGUAAAAUGUAGAUCAGAAUGCUGUGGUUUUGUUUUUUCCCCCGGCACUUGAACAGCGAAUUGGUCAUGACUUUUAGGUUGUGAAACUUGCGAAUGGUGGGGUCUGAGGAUUGUAAAGCCCCUCGCUUAACCCUUUUAAUACUGUAACAUUCAGAAGCAAAUAAUGUGAUUCACAAAUGGUUAUGUUGCCAUGUCAGAUGUCCUUUAACCUUUUUUUUGUCCUUUAACCUUUUUUUUUUUUUUUGAUACACUGUAAUCCUGAACUAAAACUUGUAUUUUUAUAACUCCGAUUUCAGGCAGCGUUUUUUUGUUUUUUUUUUGGUUCAGGCAGCCUUGUGCUCCUGUUUCUUUAUUGUAAAGGGAUAUGAGGAAAUGUAAAUAGUCAAUGGGACAUAAUGUUCUUCACUGAUAUUUGGUAUGGUUGUUGUUGUGAAUGGUUCUGAAUGGGUCUGUCUCUCUGAGCUUUGCUAACUGUGUUAAGUGUUGUUGGCUGUUGUCUUUUUUUUUGUAGUUUUAAUAAAGUAACCAUUUCAGAAACAA